AUGUUGUUCUAUUGCGUACUCGUUCUCUUGCCUGCCUUCUGCGACUCUCUUCCCAGGCUUUACGAUAACAAACGUCCAGAACAUGAAUGGAAUAUCUAUUACAAUAAACUAAGCGCUUGGGGUGAUAACCUAAGGGCUGGAUUCAGCACAUUUUGCAGUGAAAAAGAAAAAGGAAAUCAGCUAAAUCAGCUGCAAUAUGUGAGCGCAGGUGAAUACUGCCGGAAGUUCAAGGACGCUGUUUACAACCGUGAACCUCUUAAGGGCGGAGUAAUGUACGAUUUCAAUGUUAUAUAUAUCGAGAAGAACGGUACAGUCAGUCAAUACAUGGCUGAAGAAUUUGCAUAUUGGAUGAUGGAAGAUCCUAGAUACAAGAAAAGAUUUCGUGACAAAAAGGCAUUAUUCGAGGUGGGACUUAGAGUAGUGUAUUGA